UCUUCAUUGUUCUUAAACACCUGCAUCUGCUAGUGAAGUCAUGGGAUCCUUCAGAACCCAACAUUGCAUUCUGGUGACCUUGAUCUUCCUUCUGGGAGCUUGGGCUCAUCACGCCGCGAGUCGCGCCCUCCAGCAAGAAGAUCCCUUGUACCAGAUGCACGAGCAGUGGAUGGCCCGUUACGGCCGUGUGUACAAGGACAUGGAAGAGAGGCAAAGCCGCUUCGAGAUAUUCAAGGCCAACGUGCAGCGCAUCGAGUCGUUCAACCAGGCAGGCGACAAGGCUUACAAGCUCGGCAUCAAUCGGUUCGCCGACCUCACGAGCGAGGAGUUCAAGGUGAGGAACCGAUUCAAGUCGCACAUGUGCUCCACCGAGGCCGCUUCUUUCAAGUACGGAAACGUCACCGCGGUGCCUUCCAGCAUGGAUUGGAGAAAGAAAGGAGCCGUGACGCCGAUUAAGAACCAAGGCCAAUGUGGGUGUUGUUGGGCUUUUUCGGCCGUGGCGGCUGUGGAAGGAAUUCAUGGAAUCGCCACGGGCAAGUUGAUUUCCCUCUCCGAGCAGGAGUUGGUCGACUGCGACGUCGGCGGCCAGGACCAAGGAUGCGAAGGCGGCUGGAUGGACAGCGCGUUCCAGUUCGUCGAGAAGCACGGCCUCACAACCGAGACGAACUAUCCCUACCUGGGCAAGGACGGCAAAUGCAAUGUCAAAUCGGAAUCGAACCGCGCCGUGAUCAUAAAGGGCUACGAAGACGUUCCUGCCAACAGUGAGGGGGCAUUGCUGAAGGCAGUUGCCAACCAGCCGGUCUCCGUGGCCAUAGACGCUGGAGGAUUCCAGUUCCAGUUCUACUCCAGUGGCGUGUUCACCGGAACUUGCGGGACCGAAUUGGACCACGGGGUUACCGCGGUCGGAUACGGGGCCACCGAUGAUGGCACCAAAUAUUGGCUGGUGAAGAACUCGUGGGGCGAGCAAUGGGGCGAGGAAGGGUACAUAAGGAUGCAGAGGGAUGUCACUGCCAAGGAAGGCCUGUGCGGCAUAGCCAUGAAGGCCUCCUAUCCUACUGCAUAA